UUGACUCCAAUCUUUCUCAUCUUCCAAUUAACUUAACAUCUGUAGAUUCUAAUGCAGAAUGAACAAUUUUAGUUAAUUCUUUAUUGUGUUCUUGUGUUUUCCAAUUUGCUAUCUGCAUCUGUUUGUUCUUCUUGUUGAUAUUGAAUUGCAUGGAUUAUAUUGGGGCUAUUAGAUCUGGAAAAUUUGUGUUGAUGAAAAAACUUAAACUUUUGUUGAUUAAUUAAUAACUAUUAUCUUUUCAUUAGCAUGGCUUCAUAUCUGCCUUUUGGUGAAUCUUAGAGUGAAGAUGAAUGAAGUUUGUUGCUUAGGUAUAGAAAGAAGGCAGUAGGUUUGCUUCUAUGCCUUGAUUGAUGUCAGAAAUUUUGGUACUUUCUUGAUGAGAUUGUAGAUGUUGUGCUGGUGAUAACAGAAGGGCAUAUGAUAUAUAUAUUAUGAUUUUAACUGAACCUCUACCAUUUGAACAAUCGAAUAUAUCAAGAGUUCAAUUUUAGCGCAAAUUUAUGUGUGUAUAUAUCAUAUUUUUCUCUUGAAAUAUUACUUCAUUUUAAUGGUGGAUGGUCAUAUGGAAUUUUGACAUCCAAAACUGUUGUUUAUUUGCUGAGAUGUCUGAAAGAAUGCAUUGUCCUGUAGUUAUCAAAUUUGAUCCUGAUAUUUGCUCAUUGGAUUCCAUUUACUUAAUGAGAAAUGAAAGUACCCAAGACCGAUAAGCUUUGUUGUACAAGGACUAGAAAGAACUUGGAUCAGCAUAUUUUUCUUGUGUUUGCUUUCUGGUAAUUGUAGAUGUUGCACAGGUUAUAAUACAAGUGAAUUUCAUGCGUGGGGUGCAAUCGAUAUUGAAUUUUAACGAAUUAGAAGGAUAACUGGACUGCUGGUAUUUGAAGAAUUCAAUAUAUCAACUCACAUUUGCAAAUCCACUUGUGAACAAUAACGGUUACACACAACAGAAAGAAGCCGAAUUCUCAAAAUAUGGCAACAAAUACAGUGAUUCACAAUGGAGGAUGCCAUUGCAGACAAGUAAGAUGGCAAGUAGAGGCACCAACAAGUGUAGUUGCAUGGAAAUGCAACUGUUCUAAUUGCUCAAUGAGAGGAAACAUUCAUUUCAUCGUGCCAUCGAAUAAAUUCAAAUUAUUAGGCAACUCCGAGACUUCCCUUACCACCUACACCUUCGGCACCCACACGGCAAAACAUACAUUCUGCAAAUACUGUGGCAUUACUUCUUUUUAUGUGGCAAGAUCAAAUCCUGAUGGCAUUGCUGUGACACUUAACUGUGUUGCAUCAGGUACACUCAAACAUGUUGAGAUCAGACAUUUUGAUGGCGAAAAAUGGGAGGAGUCCUACAACCAAAGUUCAAUUUCAUCCUUCUCCAAGUGAAUCAUCCUUUUUGUGUGCAACAAUGAUCAUCUCUUGCUCUUGUUUUUUUUUUAUCAUAUGGACAGUGAAGUUUAUAAACUCAGUGUUUGUGAUCA